CAUUAUAACUCACCGAACACAUCCAUCACCUUCGAGGAUCGUGUGUAUCAGAAACAAGUAGGAUCAGAGUCGCACCUAAAUCAACUUGCCGGAAAACGCAUCGGAAUCUCUCGCCGGCAACCAGAGACAACAAGAAACUGUUCUCAGAAUCAGAAUAGUUUGUAAUCGUCAUUUUCAUUUCACUAGAUAUGAACUCAGUUGCGAGACGCAUAUCGAGCUUGUUCCGACAGUCAGGUUACGGAACCGAGCCUCUUACUGCUCAGCUUCAGCAAAGCAGGGGCAUACGAGUGCAGGUGUAUAAUGGAAACCUGGAAGGGGCGUUGGCGUUGAUGCAGCGUAAGAUGACGUCGUGUGGGAUCGAGAGGAUGAUAAAGAUUGAACAAAGGUUUCAUAUUAAGAACUCGGAGAAGCGCGUGUUGGCACAAAAGAAUUUGCAACGUAGGCUUCGAUCGCAGGAUCUUGCUAGGAAACUCAAGGCCAUUAUGAUCAAGAAAGUCAGGGGUCUUUGAAAAUGUUCCACUGCCAUUGAGAAAAAAGUGGCUGGUGUAAGUUGCAGUUAUGCAGUAAUUUUGAAGGUGAUGACAGUAGUUGAAACACAUUCUUUCAAAUUGUACUGAAUUUAUGUAUUAGAUGCAUCGCUGCAGUGUUCUUCAUAUUUGGUUAAAUCUUGAAUUUGGGUGAAUAAUAUAUAAUAUGUUGAAUUUCCUUGGUUAUUAAGGAAAGUGGAAGCGAUUUUCAGGCAA